AUCAUCGUAAAGUCGAACCCUUAAACCCUAACCCUGAUCGUGAAAGUGUUGAUCUUUCUUCUAUUUCGUGAACUCCGAUAGUCACUCGGCGCUUCAGAAUAUUCUCCAUGCUCGCGAAAUGCAACCUCGCUUCAAUGCCUUCCCUCACCUUCCCAAUCAGUUGCAGAACAACUCUACGAUCUCUCCACAGGGUUUUUCUCCUAAUAUUUCCAUGGCAAAUUCUUUCAAUAUGAUACCAAACUCCAUGCCAUUGCAACCUCAAUUGGGUAUUGUCAACCCCCAGAUUUCAAUGCCACUAAAUAAUUCCAAUACACCUUUGGGAAAUGGCAUGGGUAUGCCCCAAUUGGGCUUUGGUCUGCAGAACCCUAUGCACAACUUGAGUGCUGUACCCAUGUUUAUGAAUCAAGUCAAUCCAAGUCAGCCACCAGUGCAGAUGUUUGCUAACAAUUUCUCAAGUAUGAGGCCUCAACAGCUGAAUCUGGGAUUGCCUAAUGGGCAGUUCUGUGUGCAGAAUAUGAACCAUAUUUUACCUAUGCAAAUGUCGAAUCCUCCUCAAGUUGUUACUCAGCAACUUAAUCAAAACAUGGGUCAUCAAAAUCCUGCCUUUUAUGGCAAUCGUCCAUUUGGUUUAGUGCAUACCAAUCAGGUUGGACAGCAAGUUAACCAACAUCAGCAAAACUUGGUUAUGCCCAUGGCAGGUAUGAAUGCAAACCCAUCUUCACAAGUGGGCUCUAGUUCAGUUCGACAGCAGCAAACUCAGAACUUCAGACCUCCUGUUUCUAUGGGCUCCCAGGGGAAUCCUGUGAACAUGGGCCGGAACUAUACUUCAAAUCCCAACGGGAAAUCCUUUCCAGGCAAAAACUUCUCAAGAAAUCCAAAACAAGAGGGACAUCAAGGAAGGUUUCAAAAGUCUCAAUCCCAUCAAGUGCAUAGUGCAAAGAGGAAAUUUGGGUUUUCUAAUGAGCAGAAAGGAACAGGUCGAAAUGCCAAGAGGGAUGCAAAAUUUGUUUUAACCAAUUCUAUGAAUCAAGCUAGGGAAAAUAAAAGAUCUCUAGCGUUGAACUAUACCGAGCAAGAAAUUGGACAAUGGCUUGCAGAACGUAGGAAGAACUACCCGUCAAAAGUGAAUGUAGAGAAGAAACUGACCAGAAAGGUAAUGGACUCUGAGAUCAUUGACAGAGAGGUUCAGUUACGACGUGAGCAACUCAAGGAGAUUUUAGCAAAGCAGGCCGAGUUGGGAGUUGAAGUUGCAGAAAUACCUGCACACUAUCUGGUGGGCUCGGAAAAUAAAGGGGAUGAAAGGGGUGAGAACAGACCGCCAUUGCCUAAGAGGGGUAAAUUUCAAAACAAGCAUGAUAAAAGAGGGAAGUUUAAUAAGAGAGGUCACUUCAACAAGAAGCAGAAGUUUGCAGGAAAAGAUUCAUCUAAUAACUCCUCAUUACACAAAAGCAAGCCAACUCUUCUGCAGAAGCUUUUGAGUGCAGAUAUAAGGAGAGACAAAAGGCAGUUGUUACAGGUUUUCCGUUUCCUGGAGAUGAAUUCAUUUUUUGAGAAUUCUCCGGGGAAGCCUUUGAGAUUUCCUUCAGUAAUUAUUAGAGAAACUGGUUUUGAGGUUGAUGUAGGUGAAGGAAUUUCCUCUCUUGCAAGCAAAGAUGUCUCUGGAGGCAGCAGCGAAGCAAUAGCUGAAAACUUUGAUGGUGCGAAUGAUGAUGAUGAUGUGGAUGAUGGCGCUGACAGUGACGUUGUUGAAGAUGAAGAUGAUGAUGAAGACUUGGCACGGACAGGUCAAGCGGAUGAUAUUGUCAAUGGCACUGGGGAUGAUACCAAUAAACCUGACGAAGAGGGUGAAAUCAUCUACUAGGAUUCCGUUGCUCGUGUCAACAAUUGCAUUACUCAACUGUGCCUUGUGGCUGGCGGGGGUAUUAUUUUCAAAAUCAAAGUUUCCGGACAAAUUGAAGACUUUCAAAUGCAUUGAACCAACCAAAGUAUGUAAUCGUAAGACUGUCCUCCGGUUGAGUGGCAGGCUCUCCAUCAUCCCUGCUCAUUGGUUUGAAUCCCCUACCUCCAAAAAUCAAUGUCAUUAAGAACUUGUUUAUAUAACUUUCCCUUUCUGUGAUCCAUUUUAUCAUACAGCAGGUGUUUUGUUUUCUCACACCAAGUGUUGGUGUUUAUUUGAGAGUCUAAGACUAUAAUGCGCUCCCUGGACUAACACAUCAAACUCCUUGUAUAUGUUGAUUAUUUUUUAAAGCAUUUGUUGGUCUA